AUGUCGUCCCAACCUAAAGUUCUUUUUGUCCUCACUUCCCACGACCAGAUGGGUAACACUGGAAAGCCUACUGGAUGGUACUUGCCCGAAUUCGCACACCCAUACCACGUUCUCUCCCCCCACGCCCAAAUCAGCAUUGCCUCGCCUUCCGGCGGCGCCUCACCCCUCGAUCCCUCCUCAGUCGAAGCCUCAAAAGAAGAUGACGUAUCCGUUAAGUUCCUGAAGGAAAACGAGAAGCUGUGGAAGGAGACCGAGAAGUUGGAGAGUUUCCUAGGAAGAGCUGGAGAAUUUGACGCUAUUUUCUUUGUAGGUGGACACGGACCCAUGUUUGACCUCGCCACCUCCGCCACAUCCCACAAACUGAUCAACGAAUUCGCCUCCCAAAACAAGAUCGUUUCAGCAGUAUGCCACGGUCCCGCAGCACUUGCCUACGUCAAGACAUCCUCGGGCUCGUACCUCCUUGACGGCCACGCUGUAACAGGAUUCUCUACCAGUGAGGAAGACGUUGUUGGUUUGACCAGCGCCAUGCCGUUUAUCCUUGAGGAUCAGUUGAAUGUUGCCAGUGGUGGCAAGUUUGAGAAGGCUAGUGCGGAUUGGGGUGAGAAGGUUGUGGUUAGUGGGAGGAUUAUUACUGGACAGAACCCGGCCUCUGCUUCUGGUGUAGGAAAGGCUAUUUUGAAGGCUAUUCAGAAGUAG